AUGCGGUCGCUGGCGUCCUCCUCGGGAGGGGGUGCGGCGCGCCCCUCGCGCCCGUUCUCCUCGGAGACGCCUGAGUUUGGGCUGUUCGGUCACAAGGCGAUGAGCGGCGACGAGGUGGCGCGGCGUUGGGAGUUCCUCCGCACCGCCUUUGAGCACAUCUUCGCGCAUGAGGCGGGCACGCUCAGCUACGAGGAAGUCUACCGCUACGCGUACAUGUUGGUGAUUAACAAGAAGGGCAAGUUGCUGUACGACGGCACGCGCCAGUGCGUGGAGGCGUACCUUGGGCAGGUCGCGGCGGCAGUCGCAGAGCAAGAGAACGACGAUCUGUUCCUCUCUGCGCUUCUGGAGCGCUGGCGGGAUCACCGGACAAACAUGCAGAUGGUCAAGGACGUCCUCCUCUACCUAGACAAGCACUACGUAGAGAUGCACCAUCUCACGCCGUCCUUCUCCAUGGGGAUGAACCUCUUCUGCACCACUGUUUUGCAGCAUCCUCAUAUUCAACUCCGCUUCCGGCAUCUGCUUCUCAAUAAGAUCACUAGGGAGAGAGAGGGGCAGCAAGUCGAUCGGAUGAUGAUGCGCGAAGCGAUCUCGAUGCUGUCCCAGCUGCGCCUGCACGUCCACCGGCAGGUGUACAAAGAAGAGUUUGAGACACCGUUCUUGGCCGCCACGCGCGAGUUCUACGUUCGAGAGGCCUCUGACUACAUCGUUUACAACGCCACACCCGAUUACUUAGUCAAGGCGGAGACGCGGAUCAACGAGGAAGCGAAGCGCGUCGAGGACUACCUCGACGCGGACACGGCGGCGCCGCUUCGCGCGCUGAUGGAGGACGUUUGGCUCGGACAGCACUACAAGACGCUCGUCUAUAAUCCGAAUUCGGGGUGCGCCCAUCUUUUCCAUUCGGACAAAAUCGGCGACCUCGCGCGCAUGCAUCGUCUUUUCUCCGCCGUGCCCGGCGCGCUCGAGGAGGUGCGGCAGGUCAUGAAGGACUCCAUCACGAAAUACGGCGAAGCAAUCGUCAGCGACCCCGAGAAGACCCGCGAUCCGGUGACCUUUGUGCAGAGCUUCUUUCUUCUCAAGUCAAAGUUUGAUCAAAUCGUGAUCCGCGCGUUCGGCGAGAGCAAAGAGGCCUUCGGCGCUCAGAUGGCGGCGUUCGAGACAGUUUUGAACAAGGACACGCGCGCCGCGCGGUUCCUUUCUCUCUAUCUGGAUGACAUGUUCCGGAAGACGAUGCGCGGGCUGUCUGACGUGGAGGCUGAGCAGAAACUCGAAGAAGUCCUCGUUCUUUUCCGCUACCUGCGCGACAAAGACAUCUUCGAGGCUGUGUAUAAGCAGCACCUCGCGCGUCGCCUGCUCGCCGGCCGGUCGGCCUGCGAAGAAGAGGAGAAGAAGAUGAUCACCAAACUCAAGGCGGAAUGCGGGCAGCAAUACACCUCGAAGCUCGAAGGCAUGUACCGAGACAUGCAAGCGUCUGACGACAUCAUGCGGCAGUAUCACGCGCGCGACGAGUAUGAACGCGACCUCUUAUCUGCCUUCUCGCUGUGUGUGUCGUGCGCGUUCGCCUGCAGAGAGGUCACGGUGCCGGCGCUCUCGCGCCUCGACGCGUGUCUCCGGGAUCUCGGCGAGGCCCUCGGGCGCCGCGAGGGCUCCGACGCAGUCCCGGUCUCGCCUCCAGUCGCGGUGGCGGCGCUGCCUGAGUCUACGCCUCCGGCGUGUGUCUCUUCGCUAGGGGGCGCGGCGGCGUGCGACGAUGAGCAGUCGGGCGACUUUGAGUUCUCCGUCCGCGUCGUCACCCAGGGCACCUGGCCUGUGGACUUGCACUCGCUCGUCGCCGAGACGCAGCUGCUGCCUGCGAGUCUUCUCAAAGAAGCGAAGCUCUUCGAGAGCUUCUACCUCAGCCGGCACAACGGACGCGUCCUCAAGUGGAACCUCGGGCAGGGCAAAGCGGUGGUGCGCGGGCAUCUGCGCUACAGUCGCCACGACUUUGACUGCACAACGCUGCAGAUGCUUUUUCUCCUCGCCUUCAACUUUUUCCCCGACGGGACUCCCGUGAGCGUCAGCGAACUCCUCAACUGCUUCCUCACCGUCGCCCCUGCACUGCCUCUCUCAGAACUCAAACGCCAUCUCACCAGCCUCACAACUCCGCGAUGCAGAAUUCUCUUGCGGGCUGCCGCCGGAGACUCGCCUUCCAGCGCUCAGGAGCUGAAGGACUCUGACACGCUCACGGUCAACCUGCCGUAUAUGAACAAGCUUCGCCGCGUCCGAGUGCCGCUGAUCGCCCUAACGGCUGCCGCGGGCGAGGCUGGGGACUGGAGCACUCCGCAGUUGGAGACACAGGCGGGCGCAGAUGUCCCCUCCAGCGUCGAGCAAGACCGGAAUUACCUAGUUGAGGCGGCGAUUGUGCGCGUGAUGAAAACGCGUCGGCGCCUGUCACACAACGACUUGCUGGUAGAAGUCACGCGGCACUUGGCGCAGAGGUUCAGGCCCUCUCCGGCUCUUAUCAAACAGAGAAUCGAAAAACUCAUCGAACGCGAAUUUCUCGACAGAGACGCCGCCGACCGGCGCAUCUACAACUACCUGGCCUAG